AAAACAAUCUACGAGAUGGUGUCAUCGAUCGCCUUGAUGGCGUCCCUCAAAGCCCUGCUCGUGUCGGCCUGUGCGGUGUCCAUCGCCAUGGUCGCUCUCGGGGCCGCUGUUCCAUCGAUCUCCGGCCCUCUGGGUCCUCGGCUGCCUCCCGUGCUGGGCUGGUUCCUCUCGUGGUUCAGGCAUCCGUACCUCUUCCUCGUCGUCAACGUCAUCAUCGCCGCCACCUCCGGGUACUUCGGCCGCGCGCAGCCGGAGACGAUCACGAUCGCGGUUGUGGAGGAGAUGGAGGCCAUGGUGGCGGCAUCGCCGUUCAACGAGUCUAAGGAUUUCGAGGAGAAGAGGGUAGUGGUGGUGGCGGCGCCGGGGAAUGGCAGGGGCUCCGGCAGCGAAGAUGGAUACAACGGUGACUGCGAAGGGGGGAGGAAGGUGGCGUUCGGGAGGUCCGCGUCGGCGCGGCGGAGGCGAGUGGACUCAUCGGGGAAAGCUCUGGUUCCGCCGAGGCUCGUUCGCCGGAAAGCCGCCGGCGGCGACCACCUGCAAGGGGGCAAAGCUUUAAGAAGAUCGAACGAGAACAUGGAGACAGUUUGGAAAGCGAUAAUGGAGGAGAAGGAGGGGGCGGCGGUGGCGGCGGGGGCGGCGGUGGGGGCGGCGAUGUCGAUGACACGGCACAUGAAACCGGACGACAUCGACCAUCAGAUCAGCUUGCCGGAGUCGUUGUUGCCGCCGCCACCUUCGAUGCAAAAAUCAGCGACGUUUAGGGAUCGGACCAAUCGGCAGCCGCCCCUCUCGCCCAUUAAGUUGAGGAAGGAGCUAAGUCCGGACGAUUUGAACUGUCGAGUCGAAGCAUUUAUUAACAAGUUCAAAGAAGACAUGAGAUUGCAGAGACAGGAGUCGAUGAAUCAAUUCCAGGAGAUGAUCGGUCGGGGAACGUUGGGCCGUAGAAUUCCCGAAAGGAGUGAGUAG